AUGAAUAGUAACAACUCAGGCUAUUCGUUAAAGCAUAAUAAUACUCAAGAUAACAAUCAUAAUUCAGAAGAUAGCGUUACUAACAAAACUGGUGAAUUAGACAAACUCCAUGUAAAAGAUAAUCAAGUAUUGUCAAAGGAAGAGAAACUAAAAAGGAGACAAGAACAGUUGGCCGCAUGGAAACAGAAGCGUCAACAUGAAAAUCAGGAGCCGCCUAGUCAAAAGGAUGUAACACCUGUGCCAGAUAUAUCGGAUAUAGAUCAGAAAAAGCUCAUACGCCAACAGAGAAUAGAAGAAUGGAAAAGAAAAAGGCUUCAAAAAACAGAUAAUUCUGAUAUAGGCCAGUCAGGGAUAAAGGCAUUUGAGGCGAAGAAUGACAGCCAGCACACAAUUAAGAUUAAUGCAUCAAUGAAAAAGACUACUAAUGAUCGUCUGAAGAAGAGGCUGAUCUUUGGAGAAGAAGAAGAAGAUGAUGAUGAGAAAGAUUCAAAACCAAAGUUUAAGAAGCCAUCUUUGGACUCAGCAGAAAUUGAUGACAGCAACGAUACAGAUGAAAAAAUGGUUGAUUCUGAAAUCGAUGAGUUGGACAAAUAUUUACUGCUUCUAGAAGAGAAAGAAAAAGGUGACUUAGGUAAUAGAAGAGCUGAGUACGAUAAUAUCAAUGAUGCAAAAGCGGAAGAUCUGGAAUUAGUUAAUGUUAACGAAUCUGAUGAUGAAGAAAUCGAUGAAGAUCAAAGACAACAAGAUAUACUUUCUUCUAAGUUGAAAAAACUUCAAAACAAACAGAAACAAUUGGAUGAUGUUGACCAUAGCGAAAUUAAGUACAAACCGUUCAGAAAGGAUUUUUACACUGAGCCAAUAGAGAUUCUGAAACUUUCACAAGAGGAAGUUGCCAAUUUACGUAUCAGGUUGGACGGAAUAAAAGUCCGUGGUGUUAACUGCACGAGACCCAUUCUUAGAUGGUCACAACUAGGGCUUCCGUCUACAAUGAUGUCAAUUAUUGAGGGAAAAUUGAACUAUUCUGCACCAUCGUCAAUUCAAGCACAAGCCAUACCCGCAAUCAUGUCAGGUAGAGAUAUUAUCGGUGUUGCAAAAACAGGAUCGGGAAAAACUUUAUCUUUUGUUUUACCACUUUUGAGACACAUUCAGGAUCAGCCACCAUUAAGAAAAGGCGAUGGUCCAAUUGGAUUGAUAAUGACGCCUACAAGAGAACUUGCGUUGCAAAUACACAAGGAAUUGAGCCAUUUCACCAAAAAAUUAAAUAUUUCAUCAUGUUGUUGCUUCGGCGGAUCAUCUAUCGAGUCUCAAAUUGCUGAAUUGAAGAAAGGUGCACAAAUAAUUGUUGGUACACCAGGGAGAAUAAUCGACUUGUUGGCUGCAAAUAGUGGUAGAGUAACCAAUUUACAAAGGGUGACUUAUCUUGUGCUAGACGAGGCUGAUAGGAUGUUUGAUAUGGGAUUUGAACCACAAGUUACUAAAGUUUUCACAAGAGUGAGGCCAGACAGACAAACCGUGUUAUUUUCAGCGACCUUUCCUAGGAAAAUGGAGCUUCUUGCAAAAAAGAUUUUGGAUAACCCAAUGGAGAUUGUUGUGGGGGGUAUUAGUGUUGUUGCAUCUGAAAUUACACAGAAAGUCGAAUUAUUCGAAAAUGAAACUGAGGAAAGCUUAGAGAAAGAUAAGUUUUCUAAAUUAUUGAAUAUACUAAAAGAAUAUGGAGAAAAAGAUGCUGAAUGUAAAAUCUUAAUAUUCGUGGAAAAGCAAAAUGCAGCAGAUGAAUUGCUAGUCAAGCUAUUGACGGAAAAAUAUGCAUGCCUUGCUAUCCAUGGGGGAAAGGAUCAAAUAGAUCGUAAAUAUGCGAUAAGAGAAUUUUCUUCUUCCAAUAGUGGAGUUAAUAUUUUAAUUGCCACUUCAAUUGCCGCAAGAGGGUUGGAUGUUAAAGGCUUAAACUUAGUUAUUAAUUAUGAGGCUGCAAACCAUAUGGAGGAUUAUGUUCACAGAGUAGGAAGAACCGGUAGAGCUGGGAGAAAAGGUACCGCUAUAACUUUUGUUUCUUCAAAACAAGGUAGGGCUGUUACUGAUUUGGUCAAAGCUAUGAGAUUGAGCAAAGUACCUGACGAUGAAAUCGACCCAAGGUUGAUUGAAAUAAGUACCAAAUUUUUAGAGGGAGUAAAGUCAGGAAAAGAAAAAUUCAAUUUUGGUUUUAGUGGGAAAGGGUUAGAUAACUUACAGGAGAUUAGAGAGAAUAAUAGAGAUUUAGAAAGAAAAGUAUAUGGAGAAGAGACAGAUUCUCCAGCUUUCAAAGUUAAUGAAAAGAAGAAAAAUAAAAAUGAUUCUUAUGAAGCCGACCUUGAUGUCAAAUUACCAGAUUUUCAUAUCAUUGAGGGAAGAGCUCCAGAAACGGCAGGACCAGAUAAAUGUAAGUUCCACUCUAGAAUCACUAUUAAUGAUUUGCCACAAAAGGCCAGAUGGAUUACUGUCAAUCGUGACAGUUUAUCAAAAGUUAUCGAAACAACGGGAACUUCAAUUACCAACAAGGGUCAUUAUUAUCCUCCAAACUCCAAGAUUCCUAAAACUGUGAAACAAAAUGGCAAAGAGGUCGUUCCACCUCCUAAAUUAUACUUAUUAGUGGAAGGUUUGACAGAAAAAGCAGUUCAUGAUGCAAUAAUGCUAUUAAGGCAGAAAAUGAUUGAAGGAUUAGAAGUAGCUGCUAAAGAAGAAUCAAAGGGUCCUACAGGAAAGUAUACGGUUUGA